GCUCUUCUUACGCCUCUUAACGUUACGUGUUCGAGAGGCCUAUCAUUUGGCCAUGAUAUAUUUUAGCCAAUUUAGACACGAUUGGAAAUAUUUAGACAUACUUAGACAAGAUUGGAUAUAUUUAGACACAUUUUGGUCACAUUAUUAACAAGAUAGACAAUAUGUGGACAUGAAGAUGAAUGUCAUGGUUGUGGAGCUCCAAGACUCUUCCGUUCAAAAUGUCCAAAAUUCUUCAGUGGUAUCAGUGGAAACUUCUUAUACCAAAAAAUAUUCUGGGAAAUAACGUAUCUCGUUAUGCAAAUCCAUUUGAUGAUGAUCCAGUAUCAGAAUUAUUAAAAAAAACAAAAAAAAUCUUAUUAAAUCUUGUCAAAAGAAAAUAGACGUUUAUGACAUCUCCAUAAUAUUCGCAAUUUUGAGUUCAAUUCUAAAAUUAAAUUUUCUUCCAAGUUGAGAUAUGUUUCCAAGAAAGCAAGCAGCUUACCAAGCAAUUAAUGUAGAGACGAGCGAAGACAGUUUAAGCGACACUCGAUUUUAUUCUGCAAUAUCAUUUCUAAAUGAACCAAUUAUAGAAGAAGAACCACAAAAACCACCAUCGAAACAGAAAGAAGUUGAUUACGUAAUCGUAAUCCCCAACAAGAAGCUACAAAGCUUUGAAAACGCAAAGUACGCGCAUAAUUUUUUAAAUGCUUUAUCUGCGAAAGGGGUUGAUGUAAACAUGGAUUAUGGAAUUCAUUACACCAAGUUUUUAUUUGUACGAUUAACAAUUCCUGAUAUUUUAGUUCAGGAGUUAGCUACUGCUUAUAAAAUUAAUUUGUCUUAUAUUAACCCGUAUUAUUCGUCUGAAACGCAAUAUAAUUGGAAAUUAUUUCAAACUGAAAUCGAUUUGAAAGAUUCUUCUCGUAUUUUUCGAAGAGCACCGGAUACUUUAAUGGAUUUAAGACCGACUAAACCUACAAAAGCUGAAAAAUCAAUGCUACUAUAUCUAUUAAUGACGAAAACUUGGUUUGAUGUUAACGCUAACGAUUAUGGGGUUGAUAAAUUACUUUCAAAGGGAAUAUUUGCUGAUGCGUAUCCUUUACACGACGGUGCUUAUGAGUGGACGAAAAUGGGACAACUUACUGAUAGACAACUUUUAGCUAAAUAUUGGGCAAGUUUUUUAUGCGUUUACAAAAACCAACCGUUAAAUUUAAUCGAAAAAUAUUUCGGCACCAAAAUAGCGAUUUACUUCGCUUUUAUGGAUUUUUAUAUGCGGUGCCUAGCUUUGGCUGCCUUGGUCGGUAUAGUUUUCUACAUUGCUGGGUUAUUAAUGGCAAUAUUUAAGAAUCACAAUGUAGUCGAUGAAGAAAUUUGCCAAAGCAAUUUGACGUUGUGUCCCGUUUGCUCUAACAAUGUUACAUGUAAAUACGAGAAAUACAACAAAUAUUGUGCUGCCAUGAAAAAAGGGGUCGUUUUGGAUACUAUCUUUUCAAGUGUUUAUGGAAUUUUGAUGUCAGUUUGGGGAAUACUCGUCAUAUAUUUCUGGAAAAGGCGAUUAAAUCUCCUCAGAAUGAGAUGGAACGUUCUUAAUCUCCGUUGGCAAAAAGAUAUGCGACCAGAAUAUGUCAAAAUAGCCAAACGCACCCGCACCAACACCGCAACGGGAGAACAAGAACAUUACAUUCCAAAGUGUCAAAGAUUUUUCACUUUAUCUUUCACAAAUGGUUGUAUCGUUUUAUUGGGAUUCGGAUUAAUUUUAUUCGGAAUAUGCAUGGUCAUCAUCGGAAAUCGCCUUUCUUUCUAUAUCAUGUACAGCAUUGAUAAAAAAACGGUGGUACAAGCAUCGUUUUUCAGCAAAAUCUUUGGUGGGUUCAUGCUGUUUAUGCAAUUCCAUGGAUUUGUUACUUGGUUACCGAUGGCGGCGGCUUAUUUUACAAGAAUUGAGGUUCCAAGUACCCCACAUAAUUACGACCAUUCUUACAUUUUGAAACAUUCGAUUUUAUUAUUUGCAAAUCGAUUCAGUUCGCUUAUUUAUCUCACUUUUAUUCGGGGUCGCGCUUAUGACCAUCCGGGAACAACCCAAAAAUAUUACUUAAUCAAAGAAUUUACUCACGAUUUAUGCGGCCCACAUGGUUGCUUUCAAAACUUAGGGGUCGCUUUGGGGGCGCUUUUUUGCUUGGGUAGUGCAAAGAUUCUUUUUGCACAAUUUACAAGAAUGUUUAUUAACGUUAAAGCGGGGAAGCUUGAUGUUGUAAAUUUACCCCAAUGGGAGAUGGAUUUUAGUUUGUUACGAUCGAGUCGACUUUUCACCUACAGUAAUUUCUUCGAUAUAAUUUCCCAAUACGCGAUAAUUCUCGGAUUCGUCUCCGCUUUCCCUUUAGCCCCGCUUUUUGCGGUGAUCCGAAACAUUUUCAAAAUUAGAAUAGAAGCGAUUAAGUUCACGAAAUACAGCAGGAAAUGUAUUCCGAUGAAAGCAAGCGGAUUAGGGCCUUACAACAAAAUAAUAAGAUGGGUUUACCACAUCGCCACUUUUGUAAAUGGUUGUGUGAUUGUAUUUUCAAGCUCAACCAUAUCUUGGCUUCUAUACAAAUUUUAUUAUAAAACUGAAGGGGGUUACUAUAAAUUUAUGCUUUCUGAAUUUGAUUCAGCUGAUCUCGCAGAAAAAUCAACACAAUCCCAGGGAGUUUGUUAUUAUUCAGGACACCGUCACCCCCCGAGCAGUGCUGAAAAGUACACCCACAAAUCCGAAUUUUACGUGAUUUUUAUCGCACAAUUACUUUUUUUAAUUCUUUACGAGCAAUUAAUCAUGUUUAUGUGCGGUUUAUUAAAAGGUAUUUUAAAUGAAAAGCCGCGAGUUUUUAAAGAACGCGUUUUGCACGAAGAAAUUUUAGUGAGGGAAGUUAAACAGAAGAUGUUGAAUGAUUUGUAUAAUGAUCCGAGUCGUAAAAAGUUUCCGGAUGGAGUUCAUAUUCCUAGAAUAUGAUUCAUGUACAAACAUCUUAAAUACAAAAUAAAAACAGCUUAAAU